CUCGGUUUUUGUUUUGUUUUUACUACAUUUUACUCUCAGGAAUAAAAAAAAAAACGAUCUUAACAAUGGCAAACCCGACACCAAUGCAGAGGAAAAACGGACAGUAUCUGUGGUUUUCUCUGCUCGGCCUGGGGUUUCAACCCGACGCUGCGGCUUCAUCCAUCACCAGCAAAACCAACAUGAAGUAUCUCAACUUGGGACCGAACAUGUUCGACAAACCAAACAAAGACGCCUUUUACAUAGUAACCCAUUUCCUGUUGGAGAAACUCAACCCCGCAAGAUUUCAUGAAACGUACAGGCACUGCUGGCCCGUUUUGAACCACAAAGCAGAUGCGGAGUUCCGCAAACUCACUUGUUCCUGGCUGCGGGAAAUAAUGGAUGACUCUGCAAACGCAGGAUCCAAAGUCGUGGCGUCGUUGUUCCAGUCUCCUGGCGGCCCCAAGUUUAUCAGCUUGAUGCUUCAUUUGGCCAGCUGCGUCAUGCUGCAGGAGAUGAAGACGUUCAACAAAAAUGGCAGCUGGGUCCCUGAAGCAGCAGCGACGCCGGCCUCCUCCGCAGAUGUGGCUGUUAGAAGGUUCAACCUGGUCCGUUCGAGGUUUCUGAAGGCUGCGGUUGAUCAGGACCGUUUUCUCCACGAGUACCAGAAGCGAGCCCAGGGUCUGGUAAAGUCCAUGAGGGACAUUAAAGCAGAAAGUGCCAAAUAUGAUGAACUGCUAAAGCGUUGCAGUCCUGAUUCUGCAGAGGUCGAACCUUCUCGCUCCGAGAAGAUCCGAAAGGUGCGCUCCCUGUGGUCGGACGUUGAAGCGAUGCUGUCGACCAUCAGAGAGGAGCGGAGCGCCAUGGAAACUGUCCUGAAGGGGGACGUGGAACAGAACGUCCUGGACGGAACGGAUCGAGCCCUUCAAAUCCCUCGCUGUCUGCAGGAGAGGAUUGAACAGCUCCCACAUCAGCUCAAUUCAGGGAGUGUGUAUGAAGCCGGCCAGCUGAAGCUCCUCUGCGUGCUGGAGCUGUCGAACCACGCCCUGCAGCUCCUGAAGGAGCAGCGUGCUCGGGUCUCUCCUGCCCCCGAAUCCCGGCCCAGUUCUCAGAACCUGCAGGAGAAGAGUCGCCAUUUGUCCCGGGUGCUGCAGGAGCUCCACCUCAUCAGGCAAAAGCUUUCCAAGGAAGAGCUUCCAGAAAUGAGGAGGUCCGUCAGAGAACUGGAGGCUGAGUGGGACAAGAGGUGGAGCGAAACUCUGAAGGAAACGCCUCUGGUCUCGUUCCUGAAUGAAGAUCCUGCUCUUGAUUUCCUUUCACCCAUGGCUCCUCUGUCUUUCGAACCGGCUGCUGAGGCAUCGUACGUGUUUUCACAGUUUCCUGCAAAACUUCCAGAAGAGAAGCCAGCCGACCGUGAACCAGAGGAAGUCGUAAACACAAGCAGUCUUAGCAUGAACAGUUUCCCGACAGCUGCUGAGGCGCCUGAAGGAGCCGCUGCCAAAGUAUCACAAGUACCGGUAAAUACGUCUCUGGACUGGCUGUUUGACACUCCGCCGUCUCCUCGUCAGAAGCCUCCGCCACAAUUUCAGGCCAGUGUCGGGAAGACAACCCAUCAGAAGAUCGCUCCAUCGAAGCCAAAAACCCAGAUCUUGAACUUGGAGUAUGAAAACCUUGCUGAUCAGUUCGCAGACGCUGUAACUGCAGCCAGUCCUGCAGAGGGCCGAGCUAAACGUGUAGAUCUGGAGAACCUUCUCACCACUCUUCAGAGAGAUCCGUUCUCCGCUAGAAAACAGCUGCCUCGGACCCCGGAGAGCCUGAUUUUGGAGGUGAAAAGCUCCUGGAGAAAAGCGGUUGAAGAAGACGAAGCCACAAAACUUUCCCCGCCGGAUGAGCUGAACGUCGGCUUGACCGAGCCGCUAGACGUGAGCCCCGCCUGCGCCUCGUGGACCUUUGCCUGUACCGACAGCACCUCUAUCCGCCAGCAGGGGGUCGUACAGAAGUCCUCUUUUUUGUGGGACACCUUCCAAACCGAGGUCCUGGACAGCCCGAGUGGCACCGGCAGCAGCGCCGUCCACUUCAGCCUCGACUUGGAAACCCUCCCCGAACUGCCGAGCUGCGACAGUCUGAGCCUUGAGGAUGAAGCCGUGGACAUGAUUAGUGACGAAGAGGGAGGCACCCCUGUCCUGAACUUCAAGGUGUCACCAGUGACCACGCCCUGUCGGGGUCAGAACCAGCAAACGAGCGACGAUGGUUCUCCAAUGGAGAGGACAGCUGAGAGUCUUCUGCUGGAUUACAGAGACAAAGACUGGCUGACGGAGCUCGCAGCGUCAGAAAAACCCCACAAGGUGUUUUCACUGGAUCUGGAUUUACUGGACACACCUUCACCAGAACCGAAACCAGAGUACAGCCUCCCAAAACUCAUCCCCAUCUCCCCUGUAGAUGACAUGAAAUGUUAGCGCUA